AGGCGUAUGCGUGAGCGAUUCGUAACACGCAACAGCACGGCGCAGGUAUAAACACGUAGUCGAAUCCCUCUCAUUUACCGUGCGUCCUCGUGUCAUGACAGACCUAAAUACCUGUCGAGUCCGUGAUCGUAUGCUGUUCCAAUAUAAUCAAAAGGAAAGAAGAAAUAGCGAACUUAUUGUAACAAAUUCAGUCUGGAUGAAGCUUUAAACCUUUCAUCUACAGACGUAGAUAUGUCUCAUCACGCCAUUAGUUCGUACCUGACACGAAAAGACAGUCUGACCAUAGCGCCCCAUACUACUUGGAAUGCGUCUGACCGCAUUGAGCAUCCAUUGUUGCGAGACUGUAUCCCGAAGGAGUUCAGGAUUAAGUCAUCAGACCGGUUGAAGUCAACCCUUUACGUCAAAAACCUUAGCCACACGUUCUUUACCCAUACCCAUGAGAUCAAUGAGGUCAAGCUAAAUUGAGCAUGGUGCGCUUUAAAGAUGGGUUACCGUGUCUUUUAUAUGGGAGGGUAUCAUCCGGAUGAUGGGUGGAUACGCAUUCAAUUUGGCAUCCCAAGACUGCUUCAUCUAGGAUAAAUGUGUUGAGGUCACCAUCGUAUGUGUGAGCCAUCUGGACACAAUGGAUGCAUUCAAUUUGAUGAUGCCUUUAGGACUUCAUCCAGACUAAAGAAGGUGCAUUCAAUUUGACGUCUUAAGACUUCAUUCAGGCUGACCGUGUUAAGGCCACCAUUUAAAAACAGCAGGUUCAUCCAGUCUGAUGUAUCAAGUUUGAACAGGUAGACUGUGAACACGUUAAGGCGCCAUCCAGACAGGGGAGCAGGUUCAUCCAGUUUGUUUGAUGGCAUUAAAGUUAAUCAUCCAAGCUGCAAGAGAGAUCGAUCGACGAUCGAUCGGUUCGAAGAAGAAAUAGAAAAGAAGAAAUUGGGAAGCAGGAAGAAAGAUAAAGGAGAAAAGAAGAGGGCGCCAGUACAGAUAUAUCGGUGAGUGUGACUGGACGGAAAGACGUGGGCGAUUCCCAAGUACCGGCCUCCUGGUCUGUCGUGUCGUUGCGAGUGUGUCAGUGAGUUUGUGGAGGCGAACCUAACCUAGUCGUUCGGUCUGUGGCGCACUAUCGAUCAAGGAGCUCAUCACUUUAAACAGAAGUCGACUAUUUUUUUCGGAUACUGGCUGUGCAUGCGUGAUCCCGCGGUCAGUGAAUAUACUGUUUGAAUUUUUCAUCUUCUUUUUCUUCUUCUUCUUCUUCUUCUUCUCUUUGGUGCGUUCCGUUCAAUUUCGCGCUCAACCGCGACGAGUUGCUUCGUCGAUGUGCGUGUUUCGAACGUGGAUUUAAACAGGAAAGUUUUACGCUUCCCGUGUAAUAAGAGAAAGAGGAAGACAGAAGAAGUUGGAGCAGAGGAAGCGGUAGGAGUCACGGGAAAUCGGAAGUGAUCGCGCUGUGUACUGGAAACGAUUCUAUGCGGCAAGAUGAUGGAGACACAGAAUUAUUGGGAGGACAACUCCGCUCAUUCUAUGCAAGUGAAAUACGAAAGUUUGGAUGGUAGAUCCUGCAAGGACGAAAUAUAUAGGAUGGGUAUCGGUGCAGGAUAUUGCGAAGGAAACUUAAACUUUGCCACUGCUUCAGAGGACGACGAAGUUUACACGAAGAAGAAAGUUUCUAGGCAAGAUCCGAUGUCUCACAGGAUCAUCGAGAAACGAAGAAGAGACCGUAUGAACAACUGUUUGGCCGAUUUGAGUAGACUCAUACCGGCCGAGUACUUGAAGAAAGGUCGUGGAAGAGUGGAGAAGACGGAGAUCAUCGAAAUGGCCAUCCGUCACAUGAAGCAUCUUCAAGGUCUUCGCCAAGAAUCAAAACAUCCUGCUGUAACGUCAGUUCACACGCACCCUGAAGACAGCGUGGACAGUGUUUCUCAUUCGACCGUGGCGUCGACCGCCGCAGAACACUACAGGCUGGGUUUUCAGGAAUGCCUCAGCGAAACCAUGCACUUCCUUGUGGAAGUCGAAGGUUUCUUUGCCAGGGAUUCCUUGUGCGUGCAGCUGAUCAAUCAUUUGCAGCAGCACUGCGAAAAGAUUUUAGCCACCAGCGAUAGGCUAGGCUUCCCGCAUCCCGAGAUGCCGACGACGAACGGUGUACCGAACGGCACCAGCUACACCCACACCAGCAUUCCCACGAUGUGUCAACCGAAUGGUCACUCGGACCACGGUUCGAGUUCAGGCGUGAGUUCGUUCGGUGACCCGGAACGUCCUAUGCGUCCUACGAUCAUCCCACCGCCAGCGAUCGUGAGCGACGACAGCAAUCACAGCACCCAUUCGCAUAGCGCACCAUCAACGACCAGCUGCAAGCCUUCCAAUUACAAGUUCAAGAGUUCCAUCAAGCAAAGGUUCUCCGCGGAGAGGAUAAAGUCUAGCCCACCACCUGCCAUCAACUCGGAGAAGCCAUCUUCAUCGCACGGGGUACCCAUCUUUGCACUCCACGACGGUGGCGCCUUCUACGUCCCACUAACCAUCGAAGCGUCCAUGCUGAGGCCACACCUGAACUUCAUCCCAGACACCGGACCAGACACCGUUCUUCAUCCCGUCACCAUAUCAGUGAACUUUAAUCAUUCGACACAACCGGCGUGGUCGCACCAUCCCAGUCCCACUCAUCAACAACAGACAUAAAAAAAUGGCGUCAUGAAUGCGAGCCCAUCUCGCGAUCUUCCAUCCGGAAUGUACAUACGCCUGUUCAUACGUAUUGCGAAUCACUAUGCAUGCGUGAACACUUGCACCACAAGUGGUGCGAUCUGUAUGGACACUUGUACGAAGAAAUCAUUCGAUCAAGUAUUUUAAGCGGUAUCUACGACUCGAAGCUAUCGGUCGUCGCAGAUUCUUCAUUUUAUUUCUGAUUCUUUAGUCGGUACAGUACGAUGGCCACUGUGUACCGUGGUUACAGAGAACGAUGGUGUCGAGGAUGUUUCUUUUUUUUCUUUGUAUAUUUACCGAGGCUGUGGGUUGUCUUAGCAUUUACGAGGUUCGAGAGAAAGUAUGGCAGCGAUGUCAUAGAUAGAGAUAUUAGAGUAUUAGGGCGUGAUGUCCCGGGUUGCUUUAGCUUCGGUGUGUCUUUACUUUCCGUCGAUAUCGUCGCGGUUGUAUCCCUCUUUUCUUUCCUCUCACAUCCAUACACUUUUUAUCUUGUUUCGUUCUAUCUAUCAUCCUACCUUUCCAAUCCUUUCCUCAUCGGUUGGGUAAAUGUGUCGCGCGGUGACUAGGCUUAUACCGUCGAGUUCAUUUUUUUCCGUUUUUAUUUCUUUUCUCUUUGACGGAUCGCCAAUUCGUUCAUCGAUUAGUAUUAAAUAAAGAUUAAAUCGCUGCGUCUGUAGAUUCGCGAAGUAACAGCCAGGUAACGACGUGUUGUCGCACAAAAAGGAAAAAUGUUAAACUGGACUGGUCGCAGUUAUUGAACUUCGUUUUCGAAGCGUAUACUAAACCGACGAAAGUGCCUACACGUUUUGAUCUAUGAAUUCCAUUGAUGUGAUCGUCUUGUAUGUACGAAGAAAGUGUUUCAUUUCCUGCGAAUAAAUUCUGUGUCACGUUCGAUCGUAAAGGAGCAAACGGGCCUCAGCAAUCAAAGACUGACCAAGACCUGCAUUACACUAAAUUCUCUUGUAAGAUCAUUGCAUUAAAUAUAUAUACAUACAUAUAUAUAUUUGUACAUACCAUGUUUAGUUGUAACGUUAACGAAGAGUUUAUUGCGGAAUAAAUUAUAUUUACCAUAAA